AACAUUCUUACACAGAACUUCUACACUCGGUCUGCCAAGGCGUACUUUUGUGGGCGCGAAGCGAAGAAUUUAAGUCUUAAGACGUCGUGAGAGAAGAAGGAGUUAAAGAUGCCGCUGUUUAAGAGGGAGACUCCUGAAGAAGUAGCUAAGAAACAGCAGAGAGAACUGCGCAGAACACAGGGGGGCCUCGAGCGGGAUCGGACAUCGUUGGAGCGAGAAGAGAAGAAAUUAGAAAUGGAAAUUAAAAAGGCGGCGAAGCAGGGAAAUAAGCAGGCAGCAACGGUCCUGGCAAAACAACUGGUCGCACUCAGGAAACAAAAGACGAGGUCAUACGCGGCCAGUUCGCAGGUCCAGGCCGUCGGAAUCCAGGCGAAAACGAUGCAGUCGACGGUAAAGAUGGCGGGCGCGAUGGAACGUACCAGUAAAACCAUGGGGGCCGUCAACAAGCAGAUGGACCCCCAGAAAAUGGCAAAAACCAUGCAGGAUUUCUCGCGGGAGAAUGCGAAGAUGGAGAUGACGGAUGAGAUGAUCAGCGACACGCUCGACGACAUCUUCGACGAAUCAGGAGACGAGGAGGAACAGGACGCCAUCGUUACCCAGGUGUUGGAUGAGAUUGGAAUCGAGAUGUCGGGGAAGCUGGCGGAAGCCCCGGCCGCCGGGCGCGGGAAAAUCGGAGCCGCGGCGUCGAACAAUCCGACAGACGACGAGAUCGAGAGACAACUGGCACAGCUACGUACAUAGUCAUAUCAACCAAUCACAGGCAGCCUUACAUUAACAUCCACCAAUCACAAACAUCCUUACGUAUCGGCCUAG